AAAAUCCAUCGCCGUUCAGCGGACUGGACGGUGCAGAUCACGAUUGGGCUUCUCUAUAAAGACCCAUCGGACCCGUCGCGCGGGGACGGAUCUCUGCAAACACGGUGCCGUCGAAAAGCUGAUACGUCCGCCUGCCUCUGCAUUGCUCAGCCCAGAAAGCUAAAAUGGCUGAAUCAUCAAAAGAGCUCAAGAAGCCCUUGGUCAAGAAAGUUUGUGAACUUCGCCCACUUGACUCUGGGCUCACCCUUACUGUCAAAGUUGUUGAUACGAAAAUGGUAGCACCGAAGGGUCGUCAAGCACGGACUGCUGAAUCCUUGGUGGGUGAUGAGACAGGAAUAAUUGUUUUUGUUGCUAGGAAUGAUCAAGUGGACAUGAUGAAGGAGGGUAGCACUGUGAUCUUGCGCAAUGCUAAGAUCGAGAUGUACAGAGGAUCAAUGAGGCUUGCCGUGGACAGGUGGGGCCGCAUCGAAGCCACCGAGCCUGCCAGCUUCACCGUGAAGGAAGACUGCAAUCUAUCACUGAUCGAAUUCGAGACAGUGAACGUGGUUGAAUAGACUCUCCUUCGGUACCAUCUAGGGCGACCUUUAUACAUUUGUGACCUUCAAACUGGGAAAGUUGUCAGUAGCAAAAAGAAAUCUACCCUCUCCUUUUUGUUGGUGCAGACAAAUGUCAGAUUCCCAGGAAGGGAAGGUUUUUGGUCUUGAGUUAUGAAUGUUUCCUUAGUUUAAUUUAAUUUUCUCCCUUUAUAUUUUCUGCAGCUCAUCCGUUAGAUUAUAUUUUAAGUGGGAUCUUAAGACGAUGGUGAUGGCUGUAAAUUGAUGAGACAUGCACUUUGAA